GUCGGCCGCGGAUCUAAAGUAAUUUGUGUUUUGUCUUCGGGAUUCUAACUGUUUUUGAGGGUGCUCUGGUCGCUUCCACGUUCGAGAAAGAAGAAGCGGAAAGGUGUACUGCAUGCGUUCUGCUCGGUGCAUCGAGCGCGCGCACAACUACUCAGACGACAUUCUACUGCAUCGUUCUGGUUUCGGCCGGCCUGGUGUCCACAUAGGCUUCACUUCACUAGCACUUUUCUUCGUACUCGAAGCUGGCCGACCACCGACAUAGAUGGAAGCUGAGAGACCAGCAUACGACAGCAAGGCUCAUCAAUUUGUCAGCAUCGCAGUCUUGCUAAUUGGGAAAAACACGGCGUUUAAAUUCUCCCGGUUUCUCAUCAUCCAUGGGGGUGUUCCAUUCCUAUUGGCGUACACGGUGUUCAUGAUCAGUGUCAUGAUACCCAUAAUGCACUUGGAAAACAUGCUUGGUCAGUUCUGUGGACUCGGAAACUUGGGAAUCUUCGACACCGUACCUGUCUUCAGAGGCCUAGGUUACACCAUUACGUACUAUUUCACGAUAGUCCUGGUGAUAUUGGUAACCGAGUCGUCCUAUGAGGCAUUGUUCCUUGUGAACGUGUUUCGUGAUCCUCUUCCAUGGUACAGCUGCAUCGAACCUUGGGUUAGUGACGCAGACGCCUGCUACGUCCAGAGCAAAGAUAAGGAACUGUGCAGCGCACUGCAGAACCAAUUGCUGCAGAAGUACGUUGAUCAAGGAUACCAACAAGGCAUCCCAGUUACUGAUGGUACCGACACAGCUUUCGUGAUUAAAGACCUCUAUGACAACGCCAGCGUCGAGCCCUGUGUAAACGGCAGCGUUUCGUCGGUACACCUAUACGUCCUCCGUCAUGCGAGGUACAUGGACGCGAGCAUGCGUGAUGUCGACAUCUUCAACAGCAACCUGGCUCUCACUACAGCUGUGAUGUGGCUGAUCGUCUUCCUCAUCUCACGAGACGGGAUUUCGAAGGCGAAACACGCGAUGUACAUUAUAGGAGCCAUCCAGCUUGCGGCCAUGUCGAUGAUGUUGGUCCGCCUGUACACGCUGUGGAGUGGAAGACUUGCACUGAGGUUGCUCUUCGGAAAGAAGAUCAAGGCACUAGUGAACCCUACGAUGUGGCGAGACGCGCUGAAGCUGUCAGUCAGUAACAUUGGCAUCUACGGAGGGUCUUUUCUCAAUGUCGUCCGCUACAAUGCGUUCAGAAACGACUUCCGUCCUGACAUCGUCGCUGUUUUCCUUAUGGAGAUUUCCUACAACAUCAUCUGCGGGUUCAUCGUGUACAUGCAUGUCGGGUACUUGGCCUUGGCACGUGGAGUGGACAUCGAUUCUGUUGUCGACCGUUACACAGACAUUCAGCAUGACAUCAUGACGGAAGCCUUGAGUGUCGGCGACCCUUCGGGCCUGUGGUGCGCUAUCUAUUCUAUUUGGGUGUUGUCGAACGCUCUGGGAUUUAUGUUGCUGGGUCCGGAAGUGAUCUUGGACGCCCUCUUUUUCGACUUUCCCGAUAUGACAUCAAUACGCACAGAGUGCAGCUUUUUCGCUUGCUGCGGCUUCUACAUAAUGGGACUCUUGCUCAGUACAGAGUGGGGUUCCUGCAUUCUGCCACUGAUGUGCCACGAAUUGGAGGUCAUGGCUGCUAUAAUGAUGAUCGUGGAGAUAUACAUUUUCGUACGGGUUUAUGGAAUGCCCCACCUCAUGGUGGACUAUCACACGAUAUUAGGAGAGUUUCCCAGUUUCGAAAUCAGGAUAUCAUGGGCUGCUGUAAUGCCCCUUUUGCUGUCUAUUCUCAUUUGCCUGGAAAUCGCUCUCCCGGAGAAAUUUCUCUUCGAUGGCAAACCUUAUAGCUACCCCUACCGUCUUACGAGCUGCUGGCUGCUGACAUUCGGAUUCAGCUUUACCUUUGUCUACGCUCUCGUCUUGCUUCACAGAUUUUACUUUGUAUGGGAGGAAGUGUCUCGGCCGAUGAAAUCAUGGAAACCUGACAACCGCGAAGACUGCAUGGAGCGCCAGAGGCUUCUUGGAGAAUUUGGAAUAAAGCUCCGACUGGCGACCGAGGUAUCCACGAGCGCCACGCACAGUAAACUCUCGAUGGCUGGAGAUAACACGGCAGAGUCUACAGACGCCCGAGUUGAGCUUAUGUUGACAAGCGAACGUUCCGUGACUUUCGCUCCCGAUUUGCCGACUGGUGCAGGUCGUUUGACGCCGGCCAAAUUCCACGAGGACAUGGCGAGGAAAUUCGGGAUUGAUUUGGCGUCGAACCCAGAGCGGCCUAAAUAUCUACCGAGUGAAGAUUUGGUGAAAGAAGUGCUUGCAGCGGAAUAUGAAACUGAGAAGGAAGAGCCUCCUUAUGGCAAGUCAAAUACAUCGGUUGUUGGAAAAAUAAAGAAAACCGAACAAGCCGAUCGCACGAACAAGCGCAAGCCCAGCGAAGAACAAAAACGAAAACCGCAAGGUGAACCGCAGCUUGAACCAGAAGUCAAACGUAAUGUAGUAGCCGAGGACCAAGAAGAACGCGAUACCGAAGGGAGAAGACAAGACAAGAAGAAAAUAGCACAUCGGAAACCCAGGAAAGGAAAAGCAUUAACCGUUCUCGAAACAGAAGCGACAUGUCAGGCUGGAGAAGUGCUCCAAAUGGACGAAGAUGACAUUGAAGAUGCUAACGAAGAUAAAGAUCUGAUAUCUCGUACAGAGGCCGCUAGCACUAAACAUAGUGAUCAGAAAUCGCUUGCGUCCUUUGCAAAGUCAUCCGAUCAAGCUGCCGAAAACUGUACGCAGAAACAAACAGAACGUUCGAAGAAGAAAGGCCCAAAGCAGGGUCGUGGUGUUCAUAAAUAGAGAUAGGGUUCAAAUAUAAAUGCAUCACCCUGC